CGAAUGCCCACCCCUAACUAAGAUAGAUAUAUUAAGUUGUGAUUUUUAAGUUUGUUUAUGCCUAGUUGGGCUUAGGCUUGUCGGUUUUCAAGAUUUUUGUGUGUGUGCUUUAUGAGUUUAUAGGAUUCUUGCUAGAAACCUCUUGAUUCGAUUUUCAGAUGCAAUUUCUUUUACAGAGCAAAGCAAUCCCUCGAUUUGAGGACUAUUGGAGGCAUUUUGCACAAUAGAACUUCAACAAAAUCGAAUGGCUGUUGUUGGCGGCCGGCCACACAACAGUGGAUGCUUUUGUUUGGUCUCGAUCCUUCCGAUUUGAGUUUGUUUCUGUCUAAUUGGGCUUAGGCUUGUCGGCUUUCAGAUCUUUUUUGUGUGGUUUAUGGGUUAGAGGGUUCUUGCUAGAAACUCUCUUGAUCCGAUUCUCGGGCACAAUUUCUUUUACCGAGCAAAGCAAUCCCUCGAUUUGAGGACUAUCAGAGGUAUUUUGCACGAUGGAACUUCAACAAAAUUGAAUGGCUAUUGUUGGCGGCCGGCGACACAACAGUCGAUGCUUUGUGUUUCGUCUCGAUCCUUCCGAUUGCGAAUAUUAGUUUAUUCAUUAGGCUGAAUGUUAGGGCUGGUUCAAGACCCAUCUAACUUAAAAGAGAGAAACUAACUUUCGAGGGGAUUUUGCUCAAAUAUGGUUUUGCUAUGGGCAAUUAUGAGAGAAAUCUGGAGAACUCUAAUGAUCAACGGGCCUUUAGGCUUGUCGACUUUCAACGUUUUUUUGUGUGUGAUAUAUGAGCUUAGAGGGUUUGUUCUAGAAACUCUCUCGAUUUGAUUCUCGUACGCAAUUUCUUUUUCCGAGCAAAGCAAUCCCUCAGCUUGAGGACUAUCAAAGGCAUUUUGCAUGAUGGAUUGGAACUUCAACAAAAUCGAACGACUAUUGUCGGCAGCUGGCUCAAGACCCAUCCAACUUAAAGAGAGAAACUAGCUUCUGAGAGGAUUAUGCUCAAAUCUGGCAUUGUUGUGGUGGACAAUGAUGAGAGAAAUUUGGAGAACUCUAAUGAUCAACGCCCAAUUGUUGAAAUUAAAAUUAUUGAAGACAUAUUCGACGAGGAGGAUAACCAUCGAGUGACCAAACUUGCAAUUUACUAUAAAAUUUGGACCGUCUAACUAAAAUAAAUUAAUUUUAAUAGCAAAAAUAAACUUCUAUAAUAAUUGGAGUAACAUAACUUGCAAUCUACCCCAAUAUAAACCGAUUUGACAACCCUCUUUUAAGUUCAAUUGGAAAUAAAAAAAAUUGACCAAACAAGGCCCUUUUGCCCUCCUUUUUCCUCUUUUGUCCCUCUCUCCGGGCCGGGAUGUCAUUUCCUUCCCCGUUUUCUUCCCUACGUCAUAAACCCUCUUCAUCCACGGCGGAGCUCAGUGGCCACUUCCCCGACUCUUUAAAGCCGGCUCCUCCGUACUCGGGAAAAUUCAUUCCCUUUCGCCUUAGAAAUCAUCACCACACCAGCCAGCAGCCGCCAUUGUCAAGCUGUUUCCAUGGAUUCUGAGCACGACCCAUCUUCAAAAACUCAACCGAAGAGACACAAAUGCUCUGCAUGCUUCAAGCAGUUCAAGAGAAAGGACCAUCUUGUUGAGCACAUGAAGAUAUCAUACCACUCCCACCAUCAACCAAAAUGUGGCCUCUGUCGAAAGCAUUGCAAGUGUUUUCAGUCUUUGAGAGAGCAUCUCACUGGUAAACUGCCAAGCUCAUCUUGCUCAAAGAUUUUCGCUGACCGAGGUUGUGAUCUUUGCUUGGAUCUUUUUGAUAAUGCCGAUGAUCUUAGCAAGCAUAGAGAAAAAUGCAGCUUUUCUCCGCCUACUCCUUUGGCAACAAAGUUAGUGGCUUCUUCCCCUGAUGUACUAAUGGGAUAUUUUGGGGGAAAAGGCAUUGGUGAAGGUGUGAAAGCCAUUGCUAUUGAUUGUGAAAUGGUUGGUGGUGGAAAUGAUGGGACAACUGACUUAUGUGGUCAGGUAUGCCUUGUUGAUGAAGAUGAAAAUAUUAUUUUCCACACUUAUGUUCAACCCCAAUUUCCUGUCACUGACUACAGAUCUGAAGUAACUGGAUUAACUGAAGAGCAUCUGAAAGAUGGCAUGCCACUCAAGCAAGUGCAGGAGAUAAUUUCUGACAUAUUGUACAAUGGAGAAUCAGUUGGGAAAGCAAGAUCGGAUGGUGGGAAAGCUAGGCUGCUCGUGGGGCACAGCUUGGAUCAUGAUCUGGAUUGUCUGAGAAUUAGCUACCCUCCCAAUUUGUUGAGGGACACUGCCAAAUAUCGUCCACUGAUGAAAACCAACCUGGUUAGCUACUCACUCAAGUAUCUCACCCAUACAUACUUAGGGUACGAGAUUCAGACAGGAGAGCAUGAUCCCUACGAAGAUUGUGUGUCGGUGAUGAGACUGUACAAACGUAUACGUAGCCUGGAUCACUAUCAGGUAGAACAGCAAGUGAAGACGAUGAUCCAGAGAAGGCGAGAUGGGUAUUUUUCCUGGAAGCUCAAAGAAUUGGAGGCGAUGUCGCCCGAGGAGCUGUACCAAAUCUCGGAAUCGAGCUAUAGGUGUUGGUGUCUGGAUUUGGGCAGCAGCAGCAGCAGCUGACGUUAGUGUCUAAGGGCGUAGAGAGGAUGGAUGAUGUGAUCGGGGAGAAAGCAACAAGUUUUUUAUUGUUUUGGUAGAGUCGUGGAGAUGACUUUGCUCUUGAGAUAGUGUGAAUGAUCGACGUUCGACGGCGACGGCGACGGCUACUCCAUUGUACAGCGGCUUAUCGUUAUUCUAGAACUAGAAUUGUAUUUAUUGUACGGGGAAUACGGUUGAGUGGAUUUGGAGCUUCAACAAUAUUGGAAAAUUUGAAAUUUAGCUAUGUUAUAGACCGUUGCACGCUGCUUUUAACAGGCUAUGACCAUCUCCGACCAUCCUCAAUUAGGAUUUAGGAGUGAGUCGGGUCGGUCGGUUAGCAAUUAAUCGUUAAUCAAUAAUGUGGUAACCUGCCAAUCAAAAAAUAAUUACUCUUAGCUGAUACGUCAAGACUUAAUGGUUAAUUGUUAACUAUUAUGCGAUUACCGGUUAACCGUCUAUCCGCAUGAAAGAGAAAAUGGUAGUAUGUUUGUAGAUUUGGAGAAGGUAAUGGGCAUAAUUAUAUUUUUACAUAAUGUAUUAGAAUAAAGUGAAGGGUAGAAAAAAAUCUAGCGACACACUCCCUUCUUUUCAUCACUCUCGUCCCUCACUUUUUAUUUAUUUACAAAUAUAAAUACGAAUACACUCCCUCUGUGAACCAACGAACAAAAGAAAACACAACUCUUAUUAUUCUUCAAUCUCGAACAGUUGAAUCUUAGCCGACACCUCUUCUCCUCUCUUCUCUACCCAAUAAAAUAGAGGAGGAGGGCUGAGGGUGGCGACAACAUUGAUGUCAACCAUUGUCGCUUCUCUCUCUCAAUCAUCCUCCCGUCAAUUUAUUGGGCAAACAGCUAGAGAGGGCCCUUAGCACGACGACAAGCGAUUUGUAGUUAACGACAAACUCUUUCAACGUCCUCUGUUUUUCAUUUCAGCCGAGAAGACGAGGAGAUUGGCGUCGGUGACUGCAAAGUGGUCAGAAAGGAAGUUGUUUCCUUCAUUGAGUGUAGCAUUUUUCCUAUUUUGUGUGGUUAACAAUCCUUAUUGGUUAACCGCAAACCGUCGAUUAUUAAUCGUUUAUGACUUGGUAAUCCAAUAAGAGAUUUUGAGCUUACGUUAUACGACCCACAUUCUCCUUACUAGUGCGGUUAGCGGCUAAACCGUUAAGGUUUAUCACCAUUAUCCACAAUAUGAUGACCAAAAUAUCAUCGAAAGAUAAUUUUCCCCACUUUUUGUUUCACAAUAGAGGGGAAAAUGGACUAGGUGGGUUUUAGUGGAUGGGUAUUAGACUCGUCCCGAAUAUCAUAAUUAAAAUCUCGAUCAAGACCCACGUAUAAACCCUAGUCGUGUGCAAUAUAGGGCAAGUAUGUUUUAAAAGUCAAACCCGGGCUGAUCCAUCUACUCCAACUUCAACGGUUUGAAAGAUUAUCUAACAAUCGAAUUUUGGUUAAAACUAUUGACUAUGAUUGAAAGCAAUUGGAAAGGUAAAUGAUUUUGAACACUAGUUGAGAAGGCUUCACCCGGGUGUUGCUCCCCCUAGCUAGUGAUCACGAUUUGUUGAAUCGAAUGCAAAUGUGUGGUAAAAGCGGUUGUAAACCAUAAGGAAGCGCAACAAGUGAACAAGCUUCACCCUUUUGGUCACUAGGCCAAGGGAUAUCAAAUCAAGCUACCAAAGUAUCUCUAUUGACCAAUAGACUAAGAGUUGUUUA